AUGCACGCAUCCCAGGUCUGCAUCCAACUAGAUAAAAAAAACAUUGUUUUUCUAGGCCUGCUCUAUUUUGCCGGCCAUGGCUACGAGAACUACGGCAACAGUUUCAUGGUUCCCAUCGACGCGCCGAGCUCCUACACGUCCGAGCACUGCCUGUGUGUGCAAGACAUCCUCACCAGGAUGCAGGAGAAGCAGACGGGGCUCAACGUGUUCCUGUUGGACAUGUGCCGCAAAAGAAACCCGAACGAUAACGUCAUUGUGCAACCCAGACUCCUCAAAGUGACGGCAAAUAUAGUUUUCGGUUAUGCCACGUGUGUGGACGCGGAGGCCUACGAGGUGAAGCGGGAAGACAUAUCCAACGGCAUCUUCAUUAGCUUCCUCAAACAGCGCGUGUGCGAGGACGAGAAGGUCACCGUCAUGCUGGACAGAGUGGCUGAAGACCUACCCAAGAGCCACUGUCUCCAGUUCGACUGCGGGGUGAAAGUUCAGCUCGGGUUCGCCGCAGAAUUCUCCAACGUCAUGGUCAUCUACACUCGGAUACUUGACAAACCUACAGAAAUCGUGUCCUGCUCUGCCCAGCUUACUGACUUCCCUGAGAGGGAGCUCACAUUCAAUGUCUGCCUCCACUACACCUAUACCAACAUGGAUGAAGAGGUACAAGAAAGGCUGCCUGUAUCUGUGGGCAAACCGCUGGUCUCCAAACUCAAUCUGCAUGAGCCAAGACCCUUUCUUGACUGCUCUGCGCCUCCAUCCAACAGCCUCGACUCCUUCAACUCUCCUGAGUGCUCCUCCUUUGCUGAGGAAUUUACCUCUGUCGGUUCUGCCUCACACACAUGGUCGUACCCGGCACAAACUAGCUGUGAAGUCUCCCAUGUUGACUCUUUGAAUGCAUCCACGACUCCCAAUGUGCCAGAAGAGACUGAGUGUUCAGAAUUUUGUGGUACCCAGCGGCCUCUCGUUGAGACAAAAAGCUUGCCCCACGGCCAAGUAAAUGACACAAACUACAAAUUCAGUGACUUGUACAAUUUCCAUUCCUUCUAA